AUGACUGAUGAAGCCGAUCAGUGCUCGUCAUCAGUCAACGAACCGUUUUCCACAUACCGAAACGGAUGCUCCAUAAAGGAAUGUUGCUCAAACGAGAGUUGCACUUGUGCAGAUGGCAGUGAGAUGGGAAGGUCGGAUGGAUCGCCAGAGGAAUGCGUUUCUGGAAUCGAGACCAUGCCUGACGUUGUGAUGCAAUGUGUUUUUGAAUCAUUUGAUCUCAAAGAACGAGCGAUUGCAUCCCAAGUUUGUCAGCGAUGGCAUUAUCUGCUAACUGGCCGAUUUCCAAUGGAAGAUGUUACCGUACUGAAUAUAUUCCAGAAUAACAUUUAUAAGGAUAAAAUUAGCUGUAAUAAAAGUAUCGGUUUGAAAUGUUAUCAUAUCAAAAGCGCUGAUAUGCUCCUAUCAAUUCUACAACACUGUCAUUCGGUUAGCAGUGUGAAGAUUUGGUUUUGGAGUUCAACAUUCGCUGGCGAAAUACUCAGUGAGUUGUGCGUCUGGCAUCACAUUUUUCUGAUAAAACUCGGCAUAAAGUUAUCGCCUAUUCAGUAUUGGAUCCGAAUUUCAGAAAUGUUGAAGCAAAUGAACAUCAAAAUGCGAUGCCUCGACUUAUACCCUUAUCGAGCUGAAAAAGCUUUGUAUGAAGCAUUUUCGACCUUCCCAGACUUGACGGGCAUGACAAUGCGGCCUCAUGGUCAAGAUUAUUUCUGGACUGGAUUGGAUCUGAUGUCAUUUCCAAAUUUCGGAAAAUUGGACACCCUUAUGCUGGAUGGAUUCAAUAUACAUCAAGACGUUUUCCUUCCGAAAAGCUUGACCACGUUGGAGUGGCUAAACAGAAGUGGUCAUUUCAUGGUGAUAAUGCCAAAAUUGAAGGCACUGAUUAACCUUGAGUACCUGAUGCUUGGCCAUGCUGAAUUCGCAAAUUCGGAUGAAUUUGAUUCAUUCCUCAAAACAAUCAGCUCUGAGAAUUUACCGAAACUUCAGUAUUUGGUUAUGCAUUUGUCGUAUUCAUUUCAGAUAUUUCGUUACUGCAAGAUCGAUGCUCAUAAAACUGGUUCAAAUGACACGUUCAACUCGCCAACAUCCAGCAACGAUAUCAAUGAAUCAAUUCGAGCUCUGAGUGCUUUGAAUUUUUCAUCAUUAGACAUCUCAUUAGAAGCACUUCAACUCAUCAAAUUCGAUCUUUGCUAUGCAAAUCUCAAUUAUAUCAUCAAUAAGAUAUUACCAUUCACUGGAGCCAAUUUUCGUGCAAUAUCGUUGAACGUUAUAAGCGAAGAAACGAAUUACGAUCGAAUUUACGAGAUUGCCGAAUUGAUGCAUUCUAAAAAACUUAUGCUUCAUUUUGGUAUUCUUCAGAAAGAUAUGAAGCCCGAACGGAAAGAAGGGACAAGCCCCAUCAAUCGGCCUCCUCCUGCGUUCGGCAAUGUAUUGGCUCGAUUUGAGGCAUCAUUCGUAACCGAUGAAUCUCUUCUGAGGACUCUGCUUCUGUCGAAUCCUCUACCGAAAAUGUCAGAUACUAAAUUCAUUCAAGCAUCAGCUGUUGACAAUACGCUUCUUUUUCACUUAGCAAUGUUCGCUCCACGCCUCAGGAAGUUAUCGUUGAUCAAUUGCAGCGAGGAUAAAUUGGAUGAGGGGAUGGUUCAUUUCAUAGCUGGUUUUCCGUCGAGGUUGUCCAAAUGCUUUCAGAUAAUUUGGAAACGCAAGAGAAAUCGGCCGGCCGCCUUCUUUCUUCAGCUAGUCAACGAUCACGCAUCGCUGAUAAAGGGUUAUGGUGCCAGGUUCUUUGCGAAGAAAUUUUCUGCGAAUAAAGAUGGAGAACGCAUAACGAUUUGGGAUAAGAAAACAAUGAAAGCGUUGUAUAUUCAGGAUUUUGAUGCAAACGAUGCGGGUCGUAUAUUGGGUAUUGUUAUGCCACCUGAUGAUGAAUCGUCGAAUGAUCGUUUUCAUUUUAUUGACUUAUAA